GUAUAAGGAAAUACUAAUAGAACUGAAUAUCAAAUUUGUUUGUGUUCCAUGGAUUAUAUUGUUAUUGUUUAAAGUUGAGUUCAAUAAUAAGCAAGCAAAAGGGAAAAGUAUAUGCAAAGAAAAUGUUGAAAGAGUUAAAUUUUUUCAAAUUCAUUAUUCGGAAUACAUUUCUGCAAGAACAAAAACAACAACAGCAACAACGACAACGACAUAUUCAUGUACUGAUAACGUGGUGUAGUCCGUAUCGUUUCAAUCGUCGCCAAUAUGUGACAGCGAAAUCCUGCAGCAUUACGUUGCAGGAUAACGGCAAUAAGAGUGACAAGAACAAGAGCGAUAAUAAUGAUAAUGAUACUGAUAGCAGAGGUGGUGUUAAUGGUGGUGUUGGUUGUACAAUAAAACAUCGGCAUCUGGAAUUGGAAAAGAUCGAUGAGGAAGUGUCGCGUUUAUUGGCACUUAAAAAUAAACUUGGCGAAGGACCCAGUCAAACGCAAAAAUUCGUUUUGAAAACGCCGAAAGGCACGCGGGACUAUGCACCAAAGCAAAUGAUGCUGCGUCAAAACGUGCUCGAUAAGAUUAUAGCGGUUUUCAAAAAGCACGGGGGUGAAGCCAUCGAUACGCCGGUGUUCGAGUUAAAGGAAGUCUUGACAGGCAAAUACGGCGAAGAUUCGAAAUUAAUUUAUGAUUUAAAGGAUCAAGGCGGUGAAAUAUUAUCAUUGCGUUAUGACUUGACAGUACCGUUGGCUCGUUAUUUAGCCAUGAAUAAGAUCUCAAAUAUCAAACGCUAUCACAUUGCCAAAGUAUAUCGUCGAGAUAAUCCCGCAAUGACGCGCGGCCGUUAUCGGGAAUUCUAUCAAUGCGAUUUCGAUAUAGCCGGUUCGUACGAUCCCAUGCUAGCCGAUUCUGAGUGCGUGAAAAUUGUAUCCGAAAUUUUGGACACUCUGGCAAUAGGUGACUAUGUGAUAAAACUCAAUCAUCGUCAAUUGCUGGACGGCAUGUUUGAAGCUUGCGGUGUACCAAACGAUAAAUUUCGUUCUAUUUGCUCGGCCGUAGAUAAAUUGGACAAAUCGCCUUGGCCUGAGGUUCGAAAAGAGAUGAUUGAGGAGAAAGGCUUGUUACCCGAUACUGCUGACAAAAUCGGUGAAUAUGUGCGGCUAAGUGGUGAUAGAGAAUUGAUUGAAAAACUUUUGGCGGACGAGCAACUGAAAAAUAUACCGUCUGCCGUCAAAGGCCUGAAGGACAUGCAUCUAUUAUUCAAAUACUGCCACAUUAUGGGCCUUAGUGAUAAAAUCAAUUUUGACUUGAGUUUGGCUCGUGGUCUCGAUUAUUACACUGGAGUGAUUUACGAAUGCGUGCUAAAAGCCGAACCGAAAAUGUUAAACGGUUGUAGCGAAGAGCAAGGGACUGUUGGCUCUGUGGCAGGUGGUGGCCGUUAUGAUAAUUUGGUCGGCAUGUUUGAUACCAAAGGUAAGCAAGUGCCUUGUGUAGGCGUGUCCAUAGGCGUAGAACGUAUCUUCUCGGUGCUGGAAGCCAAAUAUGCAGCAGACGGCAUUAAGCAACGAACCAACGAAGUUGAAGUAAUGGUGAUGUCAGCACACAAAGGUUUACACGAGAAACGUUUAAGUAUAUUAAACGAUUUGUGGAAUCAAGGCAUUAAGGCCGAACACUUUUAUAAACUAAAUCCUAAGCUAUUAAAUCAGUUACAAUACUGCGAGGAGAACCAAAUACCAUUAGCGGUAGUGCUUGGUGAUUCCGAGUUGGAGAAGGGUAAAGUCAAACUACGUGAGAUUAGCACGCGUAAAGAGGAAGACGUUCUCUUAGCAAAUCUAUCAGAUGAAAUAAAGAAACGUUUACACUGAAUACCAUUAAAAUUCGAAUAAAACUCGCACUUGCUUUACAUAAAUUAUUAAUUACUAAAUAUUUAUUACAAAUGGAAAAACAAAAAAGAGAGAGAGAAAAAAGUAAAAAUAACGAAGAUAAGCAGAAUCUUGGCUUUUACGAAAUCAUACCAAAACCCAUAAACAUUCUCGUAAAAUGUCAUAUAAUUUUGUUGUCAUCAUCAAUAAACUCAAACAAUUUAAUAGC